AUGUCUAUGGAGGAGCAGGAGUAUGCCGAAGCGGUCCUGGUGACGGAGGCCGGGCCGCAGUGGCUUCGAGCAGAGGUGGAGCGCCUUACCCGGGAGCUCCGCGAAACGACCCACGAGAAGAUCCAGGCGGCUGAGUACGGGCUGGCGGUGCUGGAGGAGAAACAGCAGCUCAAGCAGCGAUUCGAUGAGAUAGAGACAGAAUACGAGACGGUCCGACAGGAGCUGGAUCAGCUGAAGGAGGCCUUUGGACAAGCUUACUCAACCCACAAGAAGGUGGCUGCAGAUGGGGAAAGCAGGGAAGAGUCACUGAUCCUGGAGUCUGCCAGUAAGGAGGCUCUCUACCAGCAGAAGGUCCUAGAAUUGCAGAAUGAACUCCGACUGGCCAAAGCCUCCUUCACUAGUGUUCAAGCUGAAAAUGAACGCCUGUCGUCCAUCGCCUUGGAGAUGAGAGAGAACUCAGAGCUGGCAGAGCUGCAACGCAGUCAGCUGCGUGAUGACAUCAGAGAGUACAAGGUGCGGGAGGCUCGUCUGUUGCAGGACUACAGCGAGCUGGAGGAGGAGAACAUCUCUCUUCAGAAACAAGUGUCUGUGCUGAGACAGAACCAGGUGGAAUUUGAAGGUCUAAAGCAUGAGAUCCGCCGUCUGGAGGAGGACUCCCAGUGCCUACACAGCCAGCUGGACGAAGCCAUGCGUCUGAGAGAAAUCGCUGAGCGACAGCUUACGGAGGCCUUGGAAACGAUUAAAACAGAGCGUGAGCAAAAGGCCACCCUGCGCAAGGAGCUCUCCCACUAUAUGACCAUUGGCGGCUCUGUGUACAACAGCUCUUUCAACAUCUCCUUCGACAACCUAAAGCUCACAGAGGAUCCCUCUACUGUCAAUGAGCCUGACAAUGAUGAUCUAAUCCGAGGUUUCGAAAACGGCUUGGUCAAGGCGGGCGGAGGUGAGGAAGACAACAGAGCUGCUGGGAACAAGAGAGGAGAAGCUUACAAGCCGGCUCCUAGCCUGGUGGACGACCUGCUGAGCGAGCUCAACAUCUCUGAGAUCCAGAAACUUAAACAACAGCUAGUGCAGGUGGAGCGGGAGAAAGCUGCCCUGAUCAACUCUCUCCAGGAGAGCCAGAAGCACCUGGAACAGGCCUAUGGCACUGUCUCUGAGCAAAAGGAAACUGUCAACAGGCUGACUGAAAACCUCAGUGCAAUGAGGAAACUUCAGGCCAGUAAGGAGCGCCAGUCUGCCCUCGACAGCGAAAAAGACAGGGACAGCCAUGACGACGGAGACUAUUACGAGCUGGACAUCAACGGACCUGAGAUCCUGCAGUGUAAAUACACCGUGGCCGUGUCUGAAGCUGGGGAGUUGAGGCAGGAGCUGAAGAGUCUGAGGGCAAAGUACGAUGAGUGUCGGACCCAGUACGAAGAUGAGCGAGCGCGGCUGGACAGCGACGUCCAGGACUUGAGGUCAAGGUUGGCGUCCCUGGAGAAGAUUAGCCAAGCAGAUAAAGCGGAGGUGACUCGUCUGGAGAAGGAGCUCCGUCUGGUCAGUGAGGCAGCAGGAGAAUCGCUUGGCAGCCUUAAUGUGGCCCAGGAUGAGCUCAUAACUUUCAGUGAAGAGCUGGCCAAUCUCUACAACCACGUGUGUAUGUGCAACAAUGAGACCCCUAACCGCGUCAUGCUCGACUACUACAAGCAAGGCAAGGCCAUCAUAAGAAGAGGGCAAGAAGGGAAGGAGCAGCAGUCUAAUGUACUUCUCACUAAUGGGUUGAUCACUGAGACUGAACUCAAAAAGUCAGACUCCAGCAGCAGCACAGUUGCUCCAGAGCACCGGCCAGAACCCAUGAACAUCUAUAACCUCGUAGCCAUCAUCAGAGACCAGAUCCGCCAUCUGCAGCAGGCAGUGGACCGCACCACAGACCUGUCACGUCAGAGACUUGCCAAUCUGGAGCUGAGCACAGUAGCAGACAAGGACAAGGAAGCUUGCAUGAAUGAGAUCCUCAAACUGAAGUCCCUGCUUAGCACCAAAAGGGAACAGAUCGCCACUCUCAGAGCCGUGCUCAAGGCCAACAAACAGACAGCUGAGGUUGCUCUUGCCAAUCUGAAGAGUAAGUAUGACAGUGAGAAGGGCAUGGUGACUGAGACAAUGAUGAAGCUCCGCAAUGAACUCAAGGCCCUGAAAGAGGAUGCUGCUACGUUCUCGUCUCUUCGAGCCAUGUUUGCUACAAGGUGUGAUGAGUAUGUGACCCAGCUGGAUGACAUGCAGAGGCAGCUGGCUGCUGCUGAGGAUGAAAAGAAGACCCUGAAUUCUCUGUUACGUAUGGCCAUUCAGCAGAAACUGGCCUUAACACAGCGCCUGGAGGACUUGGAGUUUGACCAUGAGCAGGCACGUCGCAAAAGUGCCUCAGCGCUGGAAGGCAAGGGCAAAACAAAGGGCAAGGGAGCCUCUUCCAGCCAUCAUUAACUCUAUCAUGCCAAGUGUCCUUAAGGAGGUCCGUCAGAGUGUCUGUGACAGUCGCCAAUCACCUGUGCUUGUGGUUCCUUCGCUAUCUAAUCACGGUCCAAUUCAUGUUAUUGAUAACAACAAGAACAUACAACAGUAUUCGCCGAGGGCCUUGUUUUAGAGUGCCAAAUCCAGUAAGCAAAAUCCUGUCGAACAUUUUGACUGCAGAAUGAAUGACUCAAUGCAUCAGCUGCCCAGUGCAGUCCUUCAGUCUUCCAACAAUAUACACCACUAUUGUUACUGAACCAGAGGAAGAAUCAAGAUGGCUGUUUUGCUGAUUUCUCGUCGCCUGUGUUACCCUGACUGAGCACUUUUUGUUUUACUUAUUUGCUCUUAGGUGAUUCCUUUUUUCUUUCUAAAAUUAUACUAAUUGUUUCAAGUAUUAUACGUUGUUUUUACCGAAUGUGCAUGUUUAUCUGCUGAUGUCUUGAUGACAUUUUAAAGUGAUUCAACAUGUUUUUAUCCCUAUUUAUUUCAUAGCAACAAAACCAGAGAUUAUGUGGGAAUUAUUUUACAACCAGAACUUUUAACUCACUGGUUGAAAUCAUACAAGAGACAAAUACGCUUUUCUGCCUUAGUUGUUUUUCCAUUUGGCCUUAGAUUUAGUUGUGCCUUUAUGACAGCCCAGAGGAACAAGCUGUCAAAGUUAUCAAGAUUUUUGAUAACAAUUUACACUAUAUGAUCCUAGAAAUAUGGAGCUUCAAAUUCAGGAUCUUCACUAGAUUUUGAAUAAUUUGGCUCCUCUUCUGUUGACAUGGCAAAGCUGUUACAAAUUCAAGUAUGCUUGUUAUGACUAAGAAAGAGUAUUGAUGAAAAGGUUAUUUAAAUAUUUCUAAGUUAAGGUCAGAUGUUAAUAGUAUUCAUAAACUUUAUUCAUGAAGGAGAGUUUUAAAUGUCAUUGUUUUAAUACAACUUUUUUUAAACCUGUUAAGUUCUAAAGUGUCGUCUGCAAACCAGCUUGCAGUGACAUAACUGUUUAUACAAGUGCAAUUUACCAACAUGACAAGAAAAAAAACUAAAUGUUUAUGCUAUGUAAUAUUUUACACAUUGUUGCUCACAUACUUGGUCCUAAUUGAUUUUAUAUGUUUUACUAUAACUGCAAUUGUAUUUAUUUGACACUGGUCAGACUGCAGGAUGUCAUCAUCCUUUUUGUUUCAUAAGGGAGCUUGAGUGAAGGUGGCUGGUCAAAAUAUCGAUUAGAAUAUUGACACGACUGAACUUAUGGUAAUACACUAGAAAGAUUCAUUUCUGUGGGCUACUAUCUCUGCUGACAGCUGUGGCUGGUGAAGAAAUAAAUCUAACUUUCACAAUA